GUUGUACACUGUAUAGGUCAACUUUUGAUAAAAGUGCUUCAACAUUGAUACAGCAAUAAUGUUUUGCUAUUUUUAGAUAAUUGUUAUAGUGGAUUGGUAUCAAAGUAUUACUUUAAGCGUUGUGACUCUCUAAGUAGAUAAAAAUGGAUAAAUCGUCGCCAAAAAUUGCCAUAGUGGGGGCUGGCAUCAUAGGGAUGACCGUAGCUAAAAUAUUGCAAGAGAACCUUGGCAAAGCGCAGAUUUCUGUGAUAGCAAAUAAGUUCCACGAAGACACGGUCAGCUACGUUGCCGCGGGCAUCUUUCGCCCCGGAACCAGCUUCAAGGGGCCUACUAAAGAAAUUACCAAGAAAUGGAUAGUCGACUCAUGGAACUACUGGCAGGACAUCCUCAAAACAUCAGAAGCGCCCGAUGCCGGCAUCAUGUCAUUCGAUAGUUACAUAUUCUCUAGUGAUAAUUAUCACGUCACAAGGAAUCACUUGAUUGAGGACCUCGUACCAAUUUAUAGACCUGUAGAAGAGGAGGAAUUGAAACUCGUAGCUGGGGACUGGAAGUACGGCUCGUAUUUUUCAACGCUGAAAAUAGGAUCGGAAAGGCACAUACCGUGGAUCGAAAAGAGGUUUACCCAAAACGGCGGGAAAAUUUUGCAACGAAAAGUCGAUAGUUUCGCAUCACUAUCGGAUUACGAUUUGGUUUUCAAUUGCGCGGGUUUGGGCGCGAAAUAUUUGUGCGAGGAUUACGAUUUGGUGCCGAUUCGCGGGCAGGUGAUAAAGGCUCGGGCGCCAUGGUUGCGGUGUGCGUUUUACGGGGACUACGAUACGUAUAUCGUGCCGGGGUUGGACGGGGUGGCGACUCUGGGUGGGGUGCGGCAGUACGACAGUUAUAAUUUGGGGGUGUGUAAGUACGACACGGCGGCGAUCAUGGAGCGUUGUUGCGGGUUGCUGCCGGCGUUAAAGAAGGCUGAGGUGGUGGACGUGAGGGUGGGUUUGCGACCGCACCGGGUGCCGACGCGGGUGGAGGCUGAAGCAGACGGGGGCCGGCUGGUGCACUGCUACGGGCACGGCGGCUAUGGGGUGAUGUGCGCGCCAGGUACGGCCCUGCACGCUGUGCGCAUAGGUCUCGAUUUGCUGAGGGGCAAACCGGUGAGCAAGUUAUAAGAGAUUAGUCUGCGACCAAUAUUAAUAUUACAGUGCCAAAAUUUAUGAAUCUGACAUUCUCAUUUUAAAAAUUGCACCCAAAGUCCUUGCAAGGGAAUUUACCGCAUAAUCAGCCAAUUUAUCAGUUUGGGCAUGAAUAAUUUUACAGAAAGCUUUUUAAUGGUAACUUACAAUAUUAGCCAAUUUAGAUCGCUCUGUCUCUGUCAUGUAGAGCUAAAAUAAUCCUACGUUGUAUAGCAUUUAGUUUCUAGACCUUUACCUGGAUUACCUAAUAUUACCUACUAAUUCAAUCAAAUUGCUACGAAUUAAUUAUUAACUCAAGCAAGUAUAAUUAAUCUUGCAUGGAUAUUCAAUCCGAUAAUUACGUACACCUAUCUCUGAUGAGUCUUAAUUAUGGAUAUGAAAUUAAUAUUGUAAUGAAUAUUAUUGUGAUGACCCAGUUCCGAAUUUGCUUUAUGUAUGAAGUCGGUUAAAAUAUACUUAUUAUAAAGGUUUAAUAUAACCUACCUACUUUAUCGAACUUUAACGGAAAGCCAUAUCAACCGAUGUGGUUUCUCCGUUUGACUUUUACUUUUAUACAGUGGCCUUUCAGAUUCCUCAAUCUUCAAAGGACAAUCUUUGCCAUUUCACUUUAUCGAAGUUUUUAGUUAAACUGGCCGGUGCUGUGCAGGCGAGUUCACAAAGAACUCGUAUAUCUGCAUCAUUUCCCGCGGUCGUAAAAGCUAAAAGCUUUUGCGGUGCAGUAUUGGCUAUCAAGGGCAUAACGCAGAUCGGAACUCCAGCUAUUCGCUCCGACGUAUACGUACUUAGUUGACUGGAAAAUUCACUUCUAACGUUUUCUUCCAAGAAAGUUGGUCUGCACUUUCAACGAUGCAUAUCAUAUUUUGCUGAAACAACCUAACAAUCGAUGUCGAUGUAUAAUGUCGAAGUUAAAUUGAUAACAAAAUGUUUAGCUCUAUGUGCCGUCGUCUGUAACGUAAUGUUACAUUAAUACAAUUACUGUUUAGUGAAAAUCUACAUAAUUAAACCUGUUAUUAUUAUAUAGUAAGUAAUUAAUCAUGAACAAAAAUUAUGUCAA